AUGGAAGGAGACGUGGAUGAAGGAGGAGUCCGAGUCGUUGAAGGCGACGAUUUCCACAACAGGAACGUUCAUUCCGCUCCUGCGAUUGGGAACUAUCCGGGUCACGUGGAAUCGCCUCUAGGCCGCCAAUACCCUGGUACGCCCGGACCUGGCAAUAUCGAUUGGGGGACCUGGCGCUGGCAAAAUAGCAGGCGUAGGUCACAGCGGAGCGUGCAGGGCCCUGCCGUACGAGGACAAGUUCCAGUCCCAGCCGCUGUAGCCCCAGACUCGACACCCGGACACUUUGGUCAAUUCGCGUCACCUUUAGCAGUUCGCGCUCACAUUCAUCCUCACCCUCAGACUCAGACUCAUUCUCAUUUCCAGACUCAGGCUUAUUCCUAUCCCCAGACCCCAAAUACAACACACGCCCAUCAUCUCCACCUACAGCACGAACAGUUGCUCUUUCCACAUUCACAUUCACAUUCACAUUCUCCUCAUUCGCAUUCGCCGCUCGUCGACAAUUCCGCCAUAGUGAAUGGUCAUUUCGGCACCAUGGAGCAAAUUGAGACACAAGCAAGCGACUUGCGAUUCCUUGCCCAAGUACCAGUUUUGAAUCCAACCUCAAGCCCGUCUCUGGGUCCCGGGUCCGGCGCCGGACGAGGUGGAACUCCUGCCCAAACCCCCGGGACGUCUGCAGGUGCUGCUAUUGCUUACGAUAAUCAAGCCAGCCCAAGUUCCGCCUCUGUCGGGGACAAUUCCGCUCACGGUGCGAGUGCCUCCAAUAAUAAGAGGAAGUCAACAGAUGACGGUCAAGGCAAUGCCAGCAAGCAGACGCGAAGUAAAAGAAAUAGAGUGAGUCCUCUUCAUUUCAAUGAAUGUAAGAGACGCAAGAUAAAGUGCAACGGCGAAACUCCCUGUCAACGGUGUGGUAACCUUAAUCUGGCCUGCCUUUAUGCCCCCAACUGCUGUUCCGGAAACUUCAAAGAGUCGGACGAAUUCAAGCAGGUGACGGUACAGCUUGGCCGGCUGCAGGAAGAAGUAGGCUGGUUGCACCAAACAGUCAAGACAAUGCAAUCCGAGCCUGGUCGUUUCCCUUCGAUCGGUAACCAAGCAAUGGCCCAUAGCCACGGCGCAUCAACGAUCGCCGCUUCACCUUCUCACAGUUCUGCUUCAUAUAACCGUCAUGAUGGUUCAAAGUAUGGCUCUUUCCGUGGCCCUACAAGCAUGGCUUUUAGCUUGGACGUUGCCAACAACACCAUCAACAAUAUGGGCUACAAGGGCAUCUCCGAUGAUGACCAGCAUAUGAACGAAGGGCUGGGUGCCAUGUCCAUGCGCCCAAUGGACCCCCUCCACGAUUUUGACAAGGACGAGAUGGUUCGUCUCUGCCGUCUGCAUGAGGAAGAAAUAGGCAUUAUGUAUCCGGUGCUAAACAUUCAAAGUGUUAUAUCUCACGCCAAGAGCAUGUCAACUUUUCUUGAAUCUAUUCGGCAGCAAAACCCCAGAGAACUCAUCAACGACGACAAGACCCUGCAACUCAAAAUAAUCAUGUGCUGUGCACUAGUGGUUGAAGAACAUGGGCAUAGCGACAAGGCAAUCCGCUUGUUCGAGAGCAUGGACACAGUACUCAAUCGAAAACUCAUGGCUGAAGCCGCGGAUGUCGGAACCAUACCAAUACUGGCACUUGUUGCUGGCUACCGAUUCUUGUCCAACGACGAAGUUCUGGCAUGGCGUGUUAUGGGCCAUGUUGCCAGAUUAUGCUUGGAGCUUGGCAUUCAUCAGAGAACAGGCCUGAUGAGGAUUCAAGAUGAAGAGGAGAGGAAGAACGCUUUGGUAAGCUUUUGGUCAGCCUAUGUUCUCGACCGAAGGUGGGCUUUUGCAACUGGACUUCCUUUCGUCGUUCAAGAUGAGGAGAUCGAUUCACUGCUUCCGUUCCCUGAGGAAUAUCCGUACCUUGUGGCCAUGAUCACUUAUUCCCGUAUAGGCGCAAAGGUGUGGCGACAAGUCGCUCAUUUCGGUCCGAUCCUUGCGCGCGAUAUGCGGUCCGAAGAGCUAGAAGGCGUCGAUCAAGAGCUACUGCAGUGGUAUGAACAGAUACCCGAAGAGGUCAAAGUUCGCAAUUGGGAUAAAGAGAAGCACAUUACGUCAACGCCAUCAUAUAACCUCCAACGGCUGCGAAUCUGGACAUAUCUGCGCUUGAAUCAAAUGCGAAUCUGGCUCUAUACGCCCGUUCUACAUAGUGCCACAAGCAUCGUGGCACACCCUGCACAGUCAGAGCGUGUUGUCGACAUUGCCAAGGACACUAUCCGUUAUCUCAGUCAUCUGAAUAACACAACAAACCUAUACAGGCGUGUGCAGGUCUUCUACCAUCAAUUCCUCACAUCAGCCAUCGCCGUCGUUUUCCUUGCUUCCGUCCACGCGCCGGUACGAUUCAGUGCCAAUUGUCGCGAGGAGUUCUACAUGGCCCUAGAGCUAGUCAAGGACUUAUCUGCCAAGAGUUGGGCCUCACAGCGACUGUGGCGGACCAUUCGAUCACUCAAAGAUGUAGCACCCCGGUUCGGACUGAACCCCGACGACGAUCCGCAGUCAACAGCCGCGUUAGGAAUGAUUGGACUUGCGCGAGGUCACAUGGAUCAACAACAAACGUUCCGCAAACCUUCAGUGCCAGGCCAACAAUCAUCAACAGCAACACCAGACCCAAUGGCUCAAAAUGGAUCCCGCAUCCAGGCCGAGAUGUCUCGCAUGUUUGAAGGAUAUGUGGGCUUGAAUGGCUUUCAAUAUAACGAGAACGAUGGGCAAGGCCCGAACAAUGAAGUAUCUGAGCAACCGAAUGGCAUGUUUGGAAUCGACGGCACCGUAUUUCCGCAAUUUAAGGAGAUGUAUUAGCGUUCCAAUUGUAAAAAGCUAGAUGGGUUUGAUAUAUAUUUGAACAUAAUACCCUUUUUAUUCAA